AGCAAUGAAACUAUUAACCUGGUCAUAAAUAACAUGGAAAAGUCGCUAUGGGACAUGACUUUAUUAUUUUUGUCAUAUUUAUCAUAUUUGGAUUAGUUACCAACGUUUUCACCCAUACCGACACGAAGAUUAAUCAGGUUAACGCUGAAUCUCAGGCGGAUCUAGUCCUGAUUGAAGCUCUUCAGGCGCCUACCCAUGGGUCAGGUGUUUUAUUCAGCAUAGACUCCACAGUGGCGUAUUUGGUGGUUGACAUAGAAAAUGUCACACAGCAGCAGAACUGUACGGCAUUUGGACCGAAAGGUACACCAUAUUUGGCAACAGAUGCUAACGAGUCCAGCGAUGUUAAAAAGCAAAUUCACUCAGCUACACCAAGUUUAGGUUUGUGGGCCCUGGUGUGUACAGAUCAACAGACCUACACUGUGUUUGUGUGGGGGGAAAGUGACGUCACUCUCCUGGUCCAUUUUCUGGAUUCGAACUAUGAACCAAUCAGUGGAGACCCAAUACAAGACACCAAUGUUACGGUUGGCAUUGAGAUAUCCGGGAUGGAGAACUUGAAGUCAGUCAGUAGUAUAGAAAUCAUUUCUGAGAGCGGCCGUGAUGUCAACAUUUACUCUGUAAAAGGACAGGGCGCCGGGCGACAUCACAACUUUUUCCGCCAAGAAAUCAGCGUUCCUCGACAGCCCUUCCGUGUCGGCGUCACAGCAAUCGACAUGAAAAAUAUUACAGUUCGCAGACAGACCGCGGCAAUCGUACACCCACAGACAUUCACAGUAGCGCUCUCACAGAUCGCUGGAGAUUCUUCACCCGGGACUAAUAUUACGUUCACGUACUGUAUAAAUAACUAUGGAAACAGAAAUAAAACAUACAGCGUGCAAGUCCUUAUGAGUUCACUGAAACUAGGUGACUUUCAGAGCAGCAUUACACACGCUAAUGAAGUCAGAGUUCCACUGCACGCCAAACACUGCGGGUGGUUUGACGUCACAAUAUCGGCAAGUUCUUCCAUCGGAACCUCCUGUGACGUAACCCUAAGUGUCGAGGAAGACGGACAGAACAUAGCAUUUGCUAAACGAUCAGUGGUGGUGCAACAAAGCAAUGUACAUUCCAUAAGUACAGUAGAAAAUCUAAUGUCAUCUGAAGCAGUUUCCAAACGAGGCUCCUUAAUUACAAGAACCAAUCAAAUGAUUUCCGAAAAUACAACGCCAUUUACCGGGCAUUUCUUCGUCAGUGACGUAACGUCCAGCAAUACGCAAGACCUUGAAACUAUUGGCAAUGACUUCACGUCAAUCAGUACUAAAGGCCAUGUAACUCUUAUUGAUGACGUCACAUCUGCCAAUAGUCAUGGCCAUGUAAUUCAAACCACAAAAUUUCCUGGCACUGCUGUUGGGACCGGGGGUACAACACACGCGACACCAAAGACUGACGUAUCCCCACCGGCAUUCAGCAAGCUGUCCUUUAUUGACAGGUGUGAUCGGAGAGUCAGGUGCUCGGUGGGUGAGUGGGUGGUGGUGUUCAUUGUCCAGGACAACGAGUCAGGGAUCCACACAGUGACCGUGGAGGACACGCUCCAUUCGUUCGUUCAGACGGAAAACUUCACGGACGGUCUGUCCAACGUUCCAAUCCAUGGCAACAUAAGUACCAGUUGCUGCCAAAAGGAGGCUGUACUAGAUGUGGUGGACAUGAUGGGCAACAAAGGUCGAUAUCACGUGACCUACGAACUUCAGCGCAACGCGACAAACAACACGGCUAAUGUACCAGCUACCCCCGAACACAAGCUCAGAGACCUCGCCGCCAUUGUAGUGGGAAUAUGUGCCGGGAUUCUAGUCGUCAUAAUAGUUCUAACAGCCAUAAUUCAGUUCCAAUCCAACAUUGUUUCCUUUUUCGCCAGCUUGAAAUUCCGACGUCCGGAAAAAGAUGUGGAAAUGCGCGUGCCUCACAAACUCUCCAUAAAUCCUGAGGCCCGGGAAGGGAGUGCGGCCCCUUCUUGAAUCUGAUUGGUUUAGGAGAAAUUUCAUAUGAAAAUAUUAUAUCUCACAAAACAUUGAAAUGUUCCAUUUGAUUAUACAAAUACGUUUAUGACACGAAGUUCUUAAUGUGUAUGAAAAAGUUUAUGUUUAGAGUCACUGUGAUGAUUGCGCUAGAAGAUAGAAGCAAUAUGAUGGACAUAUUUAUUUUAUAACCAUGUACAUGUAUAUUGCGUCAAAAGAUACUCACCAUGGUGAAAUACCUCUUGUUUACAUUUACCAUGUCUUUCAUUAAUAUCAUUGUAAUUUUAUCAUUGAAAUGUUAUAAAGGAGGGGUGCUUUUGUGCUCUAUGAUUUAUCCUACAUACCUGUAUUUAAAAUGUAUACAUAUAUAUUAAGCACAUUAGUCAUGGGGUUUUUUAAAGCACAUAUAAAGUUUAGCUAUGUUGUAAAAUUUGAAAUUACCAGGUGGAAGUAAACACAAAAUUUAAA